CCGGAAGUAAUGCGGACAAAUCGUGACAUGCAGCACCACGCUUAUGAGUAGCAAGCUGUCUUGUCCUAUUAUUGUUGGACUGGACGUGUUGGGCUCAGUACUGCAGCUGUAGUUUAAUGUAUGAAGGACUUUAACUAGAAGGUCAGUGUCUACAGCUCAAAGGCAUCAGCUGCUCUGUUGUUGUUAGCUUAGCUAGCCCCAAGGUCCCACUGCAUGUCCUCUAGUUACAUGUUGAAAGUUAUUUUCUCUAGAUGUUGAUGCUUCUGCAGUAGUUUAGGAUUGACGACAGGUUGUAAAAAUGCCCAUCGAGGAAGAUGUGCCACAAACCUCUGCAGACUCAAUAAUACAAGUUAAUGAAUGACGUUGUUAAAGUGUUAACGAGCAUCUGUUCCUGUGGAGACAUGGUGGGCUUUGACCCCGGGGCUCAGGGUGCAGCCCUCUGCCCAGAGGAGGCCGCCCUGGCCGGGUCAGCUGCUGGGAUGGUCACCCGGGCGAUCAUCAGCCCCUUUGAUGUGAUCAAAAUCAGAUUUCAGCUGCAGAUUGAGCGCGUGUCUUCACGGAGGCCCGAGGGAAAGUACCGGGGAUUAUUUCAGGCAUCCCGGUGCAUUUACUCAGAGGAGGGACUCUCUGCUUUCUGGAAGGGCCACGUCCCCGCACAGCUCCUCUCCAUCUGCUUCGGGGCUGUCCAGUUUGCCAGUUUUCAGUUUCUGACGGAGGCGGUCCACAAGUCGACACAGUACGACAGCCAGACGGCAGGAGUUCACUUCGUGUGUGGCGGCUUGGCUGCGUGCUCGGCUACUGUGGUCUGCCAGCCUCUGGACACUCUGAGGACACGCUUUGCAGCUCAGGGAGAAACCAAGGUGUACAGGAACCUGCGUCACGCCGUGUCCACGAUGUGCCGCUCGGAGGGACCGCUGACAUUUUACCGCGGCCUGUGUCCAACGCUGCUGGCGGUGUUUCCUUACGCUGGGCUGCAGUUCUUCUUCUACAAUGUCUUCAAGAAACUGUUUGCUCCACUGCCCAAAGAAACGGGAAACUCAAGAGGCCACCUGAGAAGCCUGGUCUCUGGCAGUGGAGCUGGAAUGAUCAGCAAAACAAUCACAUACCCCUUUGACCUCUUCAAGAAGAGACUGCAGGUGGGCGGCUUCGAGGCAGCCAGAGCUCAGUUUGGACAGGUGCGGACUUACAGAGGCCUGGUGGACUGCAUGGUUCAAAUAGCCAAAGAGGAGGGCGUCCGAGGCUUCUACAAAGGCCUCUCGCCCAGCCUUGUGAAGGCGGCGUUGUCAACGGGCUUCACCUUCUUUUGGUACGAGGUGUUCCUCAAUGCCAUGCGGGACCUCAAGGAGAGACGGAGAACAAACUACCUCACCAAAGAUCUAGAGGAAAGAUAGUGAAGGGGAAAAAAAAAAAAAGUAACAAAGGCACAAUCGCGCACAUCGGAAAUAGACCCUUCUUCUUUCUUUGCACUUAACACAUUUCAUCAACUAUGUUCGGUGGAGGUUUUCGUUGUGUUUACAUGUAAGGAUGUGAGCACAUAACCUAAUUUUUUUUGUUUCUGUGCUGUCGUUGCGCCUUGUGUUGUAUAAGCAGUGGGUUUUGUUUGUAUGUAUUUCAUAUUAUCGGGGUGUUUGAUAGGUAUGGAUGCUUGCUGUUAAAAGAUAAAUGUCAGGACAGUUUAUGGUCAAGCAGAGCUUUGCACAUUUUACGCUCCGACUUAUUCUUCACUUUGCCAACGUUGACUCAACUUUUCUUGACAUUUCUUCAUCAUCUUCCAGAUGAACGACUUCACCUGGAAGAUGAUUAUUCAGCAAAACUCAUGUAAUAUUUAUUUUGUUUUGUACUGUGGUGGAAAGAACGGCAUCCUGUCGACUAGGAGAAAUCCACUGCUUAUUAAGAGUUUAGUGUUAGUUUGUUCUAAGUUAAACUCUGUAACGUGUCUGUGCCCACACACGUCUAUCCAACGUCUAUCUAUUUUUUUUUAAAUAAGUUUUUUGUAAUA